UUUAUCGAGAGCAUACGUGUAGAAUGCGGAGUAAUUUUAAUUUAUUAUGCAUAGUGUUAAUAAUAGAAUUUUCCGUACCGGUGUUCUGCAGCGCAGACGAUGAUCAGAAUUUAGGUUUCGGAUAUAGUGAAAGAACAGAAGAUUCUGAAAGUGAACAGGAAUCAACUAAUCCAACGAGCUCGGAAACUGAUAAUAUGUCGACAAUGGAUGAAACACAAGAGGUAACGACAACUGAAGAAAUAUUAGGCAUCACGAAGAAGAUAAGAGUAACGCCUAAAGUAACACCGACAAAAAUUUCAAAGAAUACGACCGAAGUAUCUUAUACUAUAAAAGAUAUUUGUGCAAAUUUUAAAUACGCAGGUCCGAUUGUGCUCAAUAAAAUGGUAGAUUUGUGGCAAACGGCUUAUUAUAGUUCACCACAGAAAGUACCAUGCUUUAAAAUGUUUAUCAGAAGACUUACUAUGAAGGAGAAACAAUUAUUCAAACUGAAAUAUGGUAGUUUUGAUGACGCGGUGGAAUGGGAGGAUUGUAAUUUAGAAAUAAGAUCAAGCUUGGAGGCGGAAAAGCAUUUCUUACAAGGAUGUGAAAAAGGACACGGAGUUUUAGAAAACAUUAUUAUUGGAGCACGCAAUGUUACAGGCUAUAAUACUACAGAUUUCUACCAAAAGCCAGAAAGUCCUGACCAGUGGCUUGUAGUACAAAACUUGUUAUUAAAGAGAAAUUGCGAUACUGGUGAUGUGAUAGUUUUUUCAAGAGUCCCACACAAACCUCGCAACAGCGUGAUAGCGGAGGCUCUAAAAAUAUUUGGAGAGAGUGAUUCUGAUGGCAAAUUCGUAUGCGGUGAUCAACCACCGAUCAAAAAGAAAGCUCACGAAGUCGAAGAGGAAAUCGAUGAAAGUAAUUAAAAACUGAAUCACAGCAAUACAACUAGGGUCUAGGAAUAUUUUUUUGCAAUUUUUAUUUUUAUAUUAUUCAAUUUAACAGUAGAGUAAG